UUUGCGAUUCGAAACCGAACAACCUCUUUUCGACAUCACCGCCUCGAAACCCCCCCCUCUCGUCGCCAAACCCAUUCAGCAAACAUGCCGAAGGAAGCGACUCAAAAGACCGGCCUCGCCGUCGGCUUGAACAAGGGCCAUGUGAGUUUGCCCUCAUUGUCCUGUUUCGAAAACCCCAGCCAGAUGGAGAAGCAAGAUGAAAUUCGUUGGACGGGUUUGGGAUCUUUCUUCACCUUGUCCGAGGGUACCUUUCAUAAAGAGACGGAAAAGGACAGCUUCCAGCCUCUCCAACGAAUUUACUUGUCUCGUUCUUGCCGGGGCUUUCUUUCGAGACGGUGACCAACUUUUGGUGCAUUGAAAAAGGAAUGUCAAAAUGCUAACCAAACAUGUCACCAUCGAACAGCAAGUCACAACCAUCACCCCCAAGCCUCGCAUCUCCCGCCGCAAGGGAGCCCUCAGCAAGCGUACCGCCUUCGUCCGUGACAUUGUCAAGGAGGUCGCCGGUCUUGCCCCGUAUGAGCGUCGCGUCAUCGAGUUGUUGCGAAACAGCAAGGACAAGAGAGCGAGAAAGCUAGCAAAGAAGAGACUCGGUACUUUCGGUCGUGCAAAGAGAAAGGUCGACGAUCUUCAGAGAGUCAUCGCCGAAGCGAGAAGAGCCGGUCAUUAAAUUCAACCUGGCUGGUCCGUUACAACAACAAGGUCGUGGGAAACUACCGAGAGACAAGACGCACACACGACGACAUCGGAUGUUCUUUUGUAAAGGUCGACGAUGAGAUGGAGAGGAAAAGCGAGGAUACGGCACAAUGGCAUAUUUUCGACCUGGGUGUACUUUUGUCCCCCAACUUUUAUGGGAGAUCAAGGAUGAUGCCCGGAUUGCAAGGCAAAUUUCCAAUCCUCGAAAAAAAAAGACUUCAGAAAGGGAUGGUGUCUGCCGGCAAGCAAUUUCAUAAGCAAGCCACCAGGGUUUCUCAAUUGGAACACGGCCUGUGAAGGAAAUAAAUGACAAAAAAGGUCUUUUGAGGAAUCAAAGAACAACUUCCAUCAUGUUGCCGGUUUCUUUACCUUUACACUCGUUCUCGGUCCGUUUUCAUUAAAAAUCAUGUUCUGG